CAUGAAUAAAACAGAAUGGAGCAUACCAAGUUGAUCGUUAUACUUUUGUGUUCAUUAAUUUUACUGGAAACUGAAAUCGAAUGCAAGAAAUACAACUAUGAUUUCGAUUUGAAUGAAUUGCAAUGCACGGGGAACAAGACAUACGAGAAAGUGGUGCUCUCGGGUUACCGACCCAUGUUCAGCAGUGACAACAAGCGGGACUACAGCGAUAUCUUGCACAAAAAAUUGUACACGUUGCAGGAUUUUCUCGACAACCGAGCCCCGUACGUCACGGUCGGAAUGGAUCCGAAGUUGAACAUUCCGUACGGGAGAUCAAUCUGCAUCCCAGAGCUGAACAUUCAUUUCCGACGCAACAUAAAGCUACAGGUCCGGGAUACCCACGAAGACUUAACCGGUGGAGGCUAUCGGCGAGUUGACAUCUGCGUUCGUACGCAGGCCGACAGUUUCGAUGACAUCGUAAAUCUAUUGGAAGCAAGUGUAGUAUUCUAGACGGAAAUUCCAGGAAAUAUUUAACAGACCGUGAUUCAAACGGAUUAAAGUUUGCAAUCGAUUGGUGUUUCUAUUUGUGGUAGUAAAA